AUGACACAUGAGCAGGGAAAGGCCAGCGAUCCCGCGCGACAAACAUCAGACUGGUCCGCGAACCAGUACCUCAAGUUUGGCAAUGAGCGCACACGCGCCGUACGGGAGCUCGUCGCGCAGAUUCCACUCUCCGCCCCAUCAAGGAUCCUCGAUGUGGGAUGUGGGCCUGGCAAUUCCACCGCGGUGCUGGCAGCCCGCUUCCCUGAUGCGAACAUCUCGGGCAUGGACUCGUCCCCAGACAUGCUGGACAAGGCACGCAAGGCCAUGCCCGGUGUUGACUUUGUCCAGGGUGACUUGAAGACAUAUGAGCCCGAGGCAGGCGUCGACCUGCUGUUCGCAAAUGCCGUCUUCCACUGGCUACGACUCGAGGACCGAAUCCCCACCAUUCUCCGCCUGCUCGAGACCCAGAAAUCGGGUGGUGUGUUCGCAUUUCAGAUGCCUGACAACUACGAGGAGCCCACCCACAGGGCAAUGAGGGAGACGGCCCUGCUGGACGGGCCGUGGUCUAAGUACUUCCAGGCGCUGCCAGCCGAGCAGCGGCCCGACUUUGACCCCGUCGAGACGCCCGUCGACUAUUACAACGCGCUGAUACCACUUUGCGAGAAGGUGGAUAUAUGGCACACUUUGUAUCAGCACCCAUUGGACUCACCACGCUCGAUCGUUGAGUGGGUUAAAGGUAGUGGGCUUCAGCCUUUUCUCAACGCGCUGCCGGACCAAGAGGUACGUGAGCAGUACCUCAAGGCUUACGAGGAGAGAAUCGCAGAGCUGCAUCCGAGGCUCGUCGAUGGCAAGGUCUUGCUCAGGUAUCCGAGGAUUUUUGUGGUCGCAACGAGGAAGUGA